AUGCUUUUCAACACUCAAGGCGCCCUUGUGGUGUCCAGUGUGGUAAUGGCAGCCACCUCGGCAGUUGCAGAAGACUUCCAGGUGCUUCCUCGUGGCUCACCAUUAGGGACGCUCCAGGGUUGCUACUCCGGCAUUCCUGGAUAUGGAAAGUCAACGAGCUGGACGUACCAGAGUUCCGGAUGGUGUCUGGACCACUGUGCCAAAGACUACGCGGCAUUUGCUUUGACGGGAGGAUCUGACUGUGUCUGCGGUAAUACGCUACCACCAGCCAGUGCCAAGGUUUCAAACGACAAGUGCAGCAAGUCAUGCAGCGGCUGGCCCGAUGACAUGUGUGGUGGUCCCGGCUACUACUCUGUCUAUACCACAAACUUGGUAGACGAUGUUCCCACGUACUCCGACUCCGACUCCGAGUCUACCACAACCAAGAGCAGUACGGACAGCAAGACUACGACGAAAACCGAUGGAUCUGCCUCCACUGCUUCCACUACUUCUGGUGAAACGACAAAGACCGUGACACCUGAGGCUAGCGCGAACAGUGUCCCUGACGAAGAUAUGGAGGCAAAGGCCUCGAAGAGCAAGAAUACUGCCGCAAUUGCGGCCGGAGUCGUGGUAGGAGUGGUUGGAUUCGCUGCUCUCUGCGGUGCUGUGUUCUUCUGGUGGCGAUCCAAGAAGAACAAGGCCGGUGCUGCGGGCGGGGCCACUGGCGGCUAUGGCCGUAACUCUGGCCCACCCUCGAUGUCCGAUUCUCGGUUCGAUGGCGACUACAUGGCUCAGCGCCGCCAAAGCAAUGGCAGCAUCGAUGAUGACCAUGACUUCUCUCGCCGGAUCUUGCAGGUAAACACGCGCAACAUAUGA